GGCUGUCAGCUGCAGCAGCUACAUGAAGCUAACAGCAGCAGCAGCAGCAGCAGCAGGAGGAAGCAGAGACUUUUAACCGUGCAACUCGACUUCUUGCUUCUAAAACGGAGUCCUCCUGGUCUGAACGGUAGUCUGUCCCGGUCUGAGGUUGUCCAGGUUGUCCUCGGCUGUGUUUUUGAGGCCUUCCCAGUGAUUUGACAGUGUGUUCAGAUCUGACCGGAGGAGUGAUGACGGAGUUCCAGGAGAAGCUCCGUCAGCAGCACGAGGAGUCGAUGCACCGCGAGCUGGAGACGCUGCUCACUACCGCCAACAAGGCCGAGGCUGAGAUCUCCAAAAAAGAUUUCGAUGGCUUCAAGAAGAUCUUCCACAGUUUCCUGCAGGUCAAAGGUCCUUCAGUCGAAUGGGCCAAGAUCAACCGGCCGCCGGAGGACUCGAUCCAGCCCUACGAGAAGAUCAAGACCAAGGGUCUUCCUGACAACAUCACCGCCAGCCUCAACAAGCUUGCUGUGGUCAAACUGAACGGCGGUCUGGGAACCAGUAUGGGCUGUAAGGGCCCCAAGAGUCUGAUCAGCGUCCGCAACGAGAACACCUUCCUGGACCUGACCGUCCAGCAGAUUGAACAUCUGAACAAAACAUUUAACGCCGACGUCCCGCUUGUUCUCAUGAACUCCUUCAACACUGACGACGACACAAAGAAGAUCCUGCAGAAAUACAAACACCACCGCGUCAACAUCCACACCUUCAACCAGAGCAGGUAUCCGAGGAUCAACAAGGAGUCUCUGCUGCCGAUCGCCAAAAACAUGGGGAUGAGCGGUGAGAACGGGGAGGCCUGGUACCCACCGGGUCACGGAGACAUCUAUGCCAGCUUCUCCAACUGCGGGCUGCUGGACAAACUCAUCGCCGAGGGGAAGGAGUACAUCUUCGUGUCCAACAUAGAUAACUUGGGCGCCACCGUCGACCUCUUCAUCCUCCACCACCUGAUGAGUCAGCCGGCCGACAGGCGCUGCGAGUUCAUCAUGGAGGUCACCGAUAAGACCAGAGCUGACGUCAAGGGUGGUACGCUGAUCCAGUACGAGGAUCGCCUGAGGCUGCUGGAAAUCGCGCAGGUGCCGAAGGCCCACGUGGACGAGUUCAAGUCCGUCACCAAGUUCAAGAUCUUCAACACCAACAACCUGUGGAUCUCUCUGCCCGCCAUCAAGAGGCUGCAGGAGAAGAACACCAUGGACCUGGAGAUCAUCGUCAACCCAAAGACGCUGGACGGCGGUUUGAACGUCAUCCAGCUGGAGACAGCUGUGGGCGCCGCCAUCAAGAGCUUCAAUAACGCCAUGGGUGUGAACGUCCCCCGUAGCCGCUUCUUGCCGGUGAAGACAUCGUCCGACCUGCUGCUGGUGAUGUCGAACCUGUACAGCCUAGACGCCGGCUCCCUCACCAUGAGCAAGAAGAGAGAGUUUCCCACCACGCCGCACGUCAAGCUGGGCAGCUCCUUCACCAAGGUUCAGGAGUAUUUGUCCAGGUUUGAGAGCAUCCCGGACAUGUUGGAGCUCGACCACCUCACUGUAUCGGGAGAUGUCACCUUCGGAAAGAACGUCUCUCUGAAGGGAACCGUCAUCAUCAUAGCCAAUCACGGUGACCGGAUCGAUAUUCCCGCCGGAGCGAUGCUGGAGAACAAGAUCGUUUCAGGAAACCUGCGUAUCCUCGACCACUGAGGCCUUCUGGGAAAACAAACAACACACAAACAAACAAGCCAUAUGCACCUUUAAGAGACUCAAACCGGGAUUAUUUUCCUUCUCCUCACCGAUGAACUAUCAGUUUGUUUUUGUUUGUUGUCAAUGCAAAGCCAACCUGUAAGGGUCAAAGGUCAACCUCCUCCUCGUUCUUCCUGAUGCACUCUGCAGACAUGAAGAAACUUAUUGCUGUUACUGCAAACAAAAGAAAGUCUAAGAGCCCGCUGUGUUCGUCUGUUUCUGCUGUCAAAUAAAGAAGUGCACUAUGGGUCA